AUGUUUAAUAUUGUAGGGGAACUUUGGAAAGCUCAAUAAUAUGCAAUGUAUGAUUGUUGUUUUGAAGUUCCUUAAACAUUUUAUAUAUAAGGUAGUAAAAUAUCUCAUUAUUUGACCAGUUCUUAAUGUUCUGGUAAAAUAUUAAAAAAAAGAAAAGAAAAUAUUACAUUAAAAAAUGUCUUAGAUAUUUUUAACUCUAAAGAAAAGUAUGUAUGCUCAUUUUAAAGAUUAUUGAAUAAGAAAGAUAUUUAAUUUAAAUAUUUAACACGAAAUGAACUUGAAGCACUUAUAUCUGAUAUCACUCGUUUUUCAGAACUAUAUUAAGACAUUAUCAUUUAAUAAACCUUUCCUAGUGAAAACUAUAUUACAUAUUCUAGAAAAGGACAUAUAACUUAAAUUUAAUAAAGAAUUCCACUAUCUUUAGAACCAUUAAUUACUUUGAAACAAAGUUAAUUUGCUUGUGAAAAAGUUAUUUUUGAAACUAGAGUAAGUAAAGUUGGAUUGGCAGUUGAAAAAUUAAUAACUUUGAUUUAAGGGUAAAAACUAAAUGAAAUUGAAAUUUAUAUCAAAUAAGUUGGAGAUAAAUUGAUAAUUAUUUGGAACACUAUUCUUUAAUGUAAAAAUAAUAAAAGAACUUUAAAUUUUAUUAAUUCUCAAAAUUACUUACAUAAUUAGGAAUUUCUUGAAUAGUUUUAACCAAAAAAAUAAAUCAAAGAUGAUAUUACUGUAAUUUAAUGUUGUGGGUGCAGAAAAAUAACUAAAAUUAAUGAUACUUUUGAAGUCUUAAAAAAUAGAAUUUGGAAAAUUAGAAUGCAUAGAAAUCUUCAUCAUUUAAAUGAUUAAAAAUUAAAUUUAGAUAUAACCGGAAGAAUCAUACCUAAACUUGAUGAUUGUUAAUUUGUAAGAGUAUGUGGAAUAUGUUAUAAUAGUUUUAUUGAAACAAUAUCAAAUAAUAAUACAAAAAAUGAAAAUAGUGCAAGGAAAUAACCUUAAAAAUAAUAAGAUUUUUAGUCUAUUAUGAUGCCAUAUGGUCCUAGAAGGAAAUUUUAGAAGUUUAAUGAUAAUUAAACAAAUGCUCAUUCUGGAAGUCGCAAAAAUAGCACUUAGAUAAAAGAGAAAAAAAUGACACCAUAAUUUAUGAAUUCAACAUUUGAUUAAAAUUAUGAAAGUAUUUAGAAUUAAAAGAUGGAGAUUGAUGAUGAGUUUGAUUAAUUAUUAAAUGAAGUUAAAAAUGAUAUCAGUAGUUCUUAUUAGUUCAAUAAAGUGAUGGCUAAUAAGGCUAGAAUAUAGAGUGCAUAAAACAAUAAUAAAUUUAGAUUAUAUUACUAAUGA